AUGGGCGUGGUGUCCAAGAGUAUCGCGUUUUUGGGCAGAUUUUUGCAUAGCUUAAACAAGUUCUGCCACGAGGAGUAUGGCCUCGAGUAUGACAUCCCAGACUACUCUGUAUAUGAAUUCGCAAAGAUAUGGAAUUGUUCAACGGAUGAAUCGAAUCACAUAGUCCACGAUUUCUUCAAGUCGCGGCACUUUGCAGCAGGCAUUCUGCCGAUCCCAGGCGCCCUGCACAGCCUGCAGCGGUUGGGCAAGAGCUGCGAGCUGGUGGUUGUGACAUCGCGGCAGCACUGCAUACAGCAGCCAACGCUGGAGUGGGUGGACAAGCACUUUCCAGGCAUCUUCUCAGAGGUCCACUUUGGCAACCACUGGGCGCUGGAGGGCAAGUCCAAGGCCAAGUCAGAGAUCUGCAGGGAGAUCGGCGCGACGGUGCUUAUAGAUGACAACCCCCGCUAUGCAGUGGAGUGCGCGACAGCUGGCAUUGAUGUGCUGCUGUAUGACUGGAACUCGAGCUACCCCUGGAGCAAAACCUCUGACGGGCCCACGCAUGACCGGAUCAGGCGAGUGAGAGACUGGAUUGAGGUGGAAGAGGCUCUGGCAGUGCUCGCACUGGAGCCCUCCGCUUGAGGCACAGCUGGGGCGGCCCUGAAAUUGCAGCAUGUUCCUACCAGUUGACUUCCACCGGGGCCUCCGAAGCAGUAGCGAGCAUGCAGCACCGAUGCGAGCAUGCUGACUGGGAUUGCUUGGAGCUGCUGCCUUGAAGAGCAGAUGCUUGCCGGCAGGGCUGGCAGGAAACAGCUGUUUUAGCCAGACAAGUGUCAGGGGUCGCAGCGUGCGUUCUUCCAGGCAUCUUAUGUGGCUUUGGUGCACAAAGGGUCUGCCCAGUUGCCUGCAAUAAAACAGUUGCCAGGACGUUGCUUACAGGGAGGGCACAGCAGCACACCUGUGACUAAGCAGCUCCACUACUUUGAGAAUCCUGUCCUGGGAACCAAUGUAUUAUGUAGUGAAAGUAGGUAGCAAUCAGUUGAGGGACUUCUUGAAUAUGUAUUUUGUCCAUUGUAAAUCAGUGCUUGCGUU